CCCCUUCUCCCCUUCCAUUCACUGAUACACAAUUCUAGAGAGAGAAAGUCAGUUUUAGAGAGAGAAAAUGUCGUUACCGAAACCUGAAUUAGGUCACAAAACGUUCCCGCCGAUCGAGAAAUGCGUCGUAUCCGCCGUUAACCACCGGUCAGUCGCGGCGGAUCUCGACGGAACUCUGCUGAAAUCGUCGUCGGCUUUCCCGUACUACAUGCUCGUAGCGAUCGAAGCCGGCAGUCUCCUCCGCGGCCUCGUUCUGUUACUCUCGUUUCCGAUCGUCGCUAUCGCGUACAUUUUUGUCUCUGAAGCUUUAGCGAUCCAGAUGCUGAUUUUCAUCUCGUUUUCCGGUCUGAAAGUGAAGGAUAUCGAACUCGCGUCACGCGCCGUCCUGCCGCGGUUCUACGCGGCGGAUGUGAGGAGUGAUAGUUUCGAGGUUUUUAAUAGGUGUGAGAGGAAGGUUGUUGUGACGGCGAAUCCGGUGGUGAUGGUGGAUGCGUUUGUGAAGGAUUAUUUGGGAGCGGAGAAGGUGUUAGGGACGGAGAUUGAGGUGAAUGAGAAGACGAAGAGAGCUACUGGAUUUGUUAAGGAGCCUGGUGUUUUGGUUAGUAAAUGGAAGAAGCUAGCGGUUUUGAAGGAGUUUGGGGAUGAUUCGCCGGAUAUUGGACUCGGUGAUCGGAAAUCUGAUCAUGAUUUCAUGUCCGUUUGCAAGGAAGGUUUCAUGGUGCCAAAAGAUAAAUCAGCAGCCAUAGUAUCACCAGAUCGCCUUAAAACCCGAUUGAUCUUCCAUGACGGUCGCCUGGUCCAGCGGCCCGACCCGCUUAAUGCUCUCAUCACCUACAUCUGGCUGCCAUUCGGGUUCAUUUUGUCGCUUAUUCGUGUCUACUUCAAUCUCCCAUUGCCUGAGCGUAUAGUUCGUUACACAUACGGCAUGCUUGGAAUCAAGCUUGUGAUUCGUGGGACCCCGCCGCCUGCUCCAUCACCCGGGACCCCUGGAAACCUUUACGUGUGCAAUCACCGCACAGCUCUUGACCCGAUAAUCAUAGCCAUUGCACUUGGGCGCAAACCGUUUUGUGUUACUUACAGUGUUAGCAAACUCUCGAGAUUCAUGUCACCAAUUCCCGCAAUUGCCCUCACUCGUGAUCGUGAAGCGGAUGCUGCCCGUAUCAAAGAGUUACUCCAGAAAGGGGACCUAGUGGUCUGCCCGGAAGGCACCACUUGUCGUGAACCUUUCUUACUACGGUUCAGUGCCUUGUUUGCUGAGUUAAGUGACAGGAUUGUCCCAGUGGCUAUGAACCUUAAACAGAACAUGUUCCAUGGUACAACGGUUCGCGGUGUUAAGUUCUGGGACCCGUAUUUCUACUUCAUGAACCCGAGUCCAACAUAUGAGAUCACGUUCCUUGAGCGUUUGCCCAAGGAAAUGACAGUUAAAGGUGGCGGAAAAUCAUCUAUCGAGGUAGCGAAUCAUGUGCAGAAAGUGUUGGGUGGUGUUCUUGGAUUUGAAUGCACCAAUUUGACAAGGAAAGACAAGUAUCUGUUACUUGGUGGGAAUGAUGGGAAGGUGGAGUCAAUGUAUGGCAAGAAGUCAACAUAAUUCAAGUUAGUCAAGUAACUUGGUGGUGGAAGGUGGUGGUGGGUGGGUGGGUGGUGAUGGUUAUUGGCUAAUGACUACUUUACUUGUGGUAUUAUAUUUGAACUUGCACCGUGAAACACUCUUUAGAUUCUUUUAAAUGUGAUGAAGUUGCUUUUGGUAUUAUAUGGUUGUUCAUCCAUCGUAUUGGGUAGACGAGCAAAUAAAGAUUCAAUA